CCUGAAGGGAACAGUCUGAUCAGAUGGAAUGUAUAUGCAGAGCAGAGCUGCCAUUCCAUUUAGUACAUCCCGAGUUGUAGGACUUUUGCGCACCUGAAUCCUAAUUAGCACUUGUUUUCUAUCAUAUUCCGUGACAAGUCUCAGCUUUCUAGUGUACCUGGCGGCGGAGGCAGCAGCAGCAGCGUGGCCGGGGGCAGCCAGCACCGCAGAGGUUACGGUGUGAGCCGAAGAGUGGGAAGCCGCUGAGUGAUGUCAUGCUGGGGGCUGGAAUGGGGAAUACAGCAUGUGGCAGCAGCAGCGCUGGAACUUCCAUCCCACCUCCCUACUACUGGUGUGUGACACUGAGCCAGGCUCCUCCCACCCCCAGCCUCACAUACACGGAGCAGCUGCAGGCAGCCUCUCACUCUGUGCUCCAGGCAGCGAUCGCUCUCCUGUUACAAGAUGCCUAACUGGGGAGGCGGUAACAAAUGUGGGGCAUGUGGCAGAACCGUGUACCAUGCUGAAGAGGUGCAAUGUGAUGGAAAGAGCUAUCAUAAAUGCUGCUUCCUAUGUAUGGUAUGCAGAAAGAACCUGGAUAGUACAACAAUGGCUAUUCAUGAUGAUGAGAUUUAUUGCAGGUCCUGCUAUGGGAAAAAAUAUGGACCCAAGGGUUACGGCUACGGGCAAGGAGCAGGCACUCUAAAUAUGGAUAGAGGAGAAAGAUUGGGCAUUAAACCAGAGGAAAUACAUCAGUCACGUCCAAGCACCAGUUCUAAUCCUUCAAAGUUUGCUCAGAAGUUUGGAGGAACAGAAAAGUGUCCCAGAUGUGGUGAAUCCGUAUACGCUGCUGAGAAAGUAAUGGGAGCAGGAAAGCCAUGGCAUAAGAAUUGUUUCAGAUGUGCAAAAUGUGGCAAGAGUCUAGAAUCCACAACUCUGACGGAAAAAGAGGGAGAAAUCUACUGCAAAGCUUGUUAUGCAAAAAACUUUGGACCCAAAGGUUUUGGUUAUGGCCAGGGAGCGGGCGCCCUUGUACAUGCGCAGUGAAGAAGAUGCAAUAAAUGCUGAUGCUAGAACAUUUGAUCUGGAUGUCUCUUUAAGUAGAGUGGUAUUCUCAUACUAAUUACUGUGAUAUCAUAUUUUCAUUCCUAUACCAUUGAACGUGUUCUACUUGUCAUCCUUGUAACUCUAGCCAUUAGUAGUUUUUUUGUUUGUUUUAAUUUUUUUGUACCUUUUUUCAAAUUUAUACAAUAAACAUUUUUGUUUAUUACUAAUGUUUGUAAUGCAACUGAUACUAAAGGCUGUGUGUACUGAUUUUUUUUUUUUUAUUAACUUAAUUCUGUAUCACAAAUAAAAUGUAAAACUAAAAUUUCAAUUAAUAAAUAUACUGAAUUACCUAG